AUGCAGGCUCUGAUUGUGUGUGCGCUGAUCGUGGCCGCGCGUGCCUCCUACGUGGCACCUGCCGUCGGAGCUCGAUUCAGCUACGGCUUCACUGCGGCGGCGCCCGCCUACGCCAGAUACGGCUCGUACGGCGUCGCUCCCCUGGCUGCCACGUACGCCGCCCCCGUGGCUGCUGCUUACGCCGCCCCUGUGGCUGCCACCUACGCUGCGCCUGCCGCUGCCGCUUACACCACGCGUUUGGCCACCACCUAUGCCGCGCCUGUGGCCACCGCCUAUGCCGCGCCUGUAGCUAGUAGCGCGCAGCACCACUCGCAGGACGAGCUGGGUCAGUACAACUACGGCUACGCCGACAUCAACUCGGCCAAGAACGAGGUGAAGACGGCCGACGGCGUGGUGCGCGGCUCCUACAGCUAUGUGGACUCCUACGGCCUGCCGCAGAAUGUGGACUACGUCUCGGACGCGCUGGGCUUCCGCGUGGCGGGCACCAACCUGCCGCAGCCGCUCCUCACGGCAAGACCUCCUCUGUCAGACAUCAUGCGGGCCCUGAUUGUGUGUGCGCUGAUCGUGGCCGCGCGUGCCUCCUACGUGGCACCUGCCGUCGGAGCUCGAUUCAGCUACGGCUUCACUGCGGCGGCGCCCGCCUACGCCAGAUACGGCUCGUACGGCGUCGCUCCCCUGGCUGCUGGCUACGCCGCCCCCGUGGCUGCUGGCUACGCUGCCCCCGUGGCUGCUGCCUACACCGCCCCUGUGGCUGCUACCUACGCCGCCCCCGUGGCUGCUACCUACGCCGCCCCCGUGGCUGCUACCUACGCUGCGCCUGCCGCUGCCGCUUACGCCGUGCCUGUGGCCACCGCCUAUGCGGCACCUGUAGCCACGGCUUAUGCCGCGCCUGUGGCUAGCAGCGCGCAGCACCACUCGCAGGACGAGCUGGGUCAGUACAACUACGGCUACGCCGACAUCAACUCGGCCAAGAACGAGGUGAAGACGGCCGACGGGGUGGUGCGCGGCUCCUACAGCUACGUGGACGCCUACGGCCUGCCGCAGAAGGUCGACUACGUCUCUGACGCGCUGGGCUUCCGCGUGGCGGGCACCAACCUGCCGAUUGUGUGUGCGCUGAUCGUGGCCGCGCGUGCCUCCUACGUGGCACCUGCCGUCGGAGCUCGAUUCAGCUACGGCUUCACUGCGGCGGCGCCCGCCUACGCCAGAUACGGCUCGUACGGCGUCGCUCCCCUGGCUGCCACGUACGCCGCCCCCGUGGCUGCUGCUUACGCCGCCCCUGUGGCUGCCACCUACGCUGCGCCUGCCGCUGCCGCUUACACCACGCGUUUGGCCACCACCUAUGCCGCGCCUGUGGCCACCGCCUAUGCCGCGCCUGUAGCUAGUAGCGCGCAGCACCACUCGCAGGACGAGCUGGGUCAGUACAACUACGGCUACGCCGACAUCAACUCGGCCAAGAACGAGGUGAAGACGGCCGACGGCGUGGUGCGCGGCUCCUACAGCUAUGUGGACUCCUACGGCCUGCCGCAGAAGGUGGACUACGUCUCGGACGCGCUGGGCUUCCGCGUGGCGGGCACCAACCUGCCGGUGGGCCCGGCCGGCCCGGGUUACGUGGCCGACACGCCCGAGGUGGCCGCAGCCAAGUCGGCCCACUUCGCCGCGCACGCCGAGGCCCUGGCUCGCGCCGCUGUCCACUAAAGUGUCCAAAGCCGAGUUACCCUUCUGGGCCUGCAGAGACGGUCGUCCACAGUGAGGAGAACUGCACCAGCCGGUAGGACUCGAUGUCGAGUCAGUCUCGGCCCCGCUUCAUCGUCGUGGCGGUGCUCCGUUGUCAUUUGUCUGCGUCAUUGUUCUAUAUGUGAUGAGUAUCGACCCCAUCGAUAUGUCCC